AUGAAACUUUCGAGCGUCCUUAUCGCCUCCGUCUCGGCGGGAUACUAUCAAGGCCACAAACAUCUGGCAGGAAAAGAGCUCGAGGAGAGAACUGCUAAAUGCGAUGCGAAAGUCGAUGAAGUAAAAGAGACCUACAGCAUUGGAGGCCAAGGCUGGUGGGAUUGCCAAGGCUAUGGAUCUGGAAAUCCAAAGGUGUUUUGCUACCCAAAGUGUCCAAGUGGAAAGAAGGCUAACUGGCCUUCGAAUUCCGUUCCUGAGCUGAAGGUCAUGUGCGGCAAUCCACCAAGUGUCAUGAAACAAAAUCUCCCUGACAACUUCGCUCUGGCAUGUGACGAUGUCGCUCAAAAAGGAUCAAAAAGUCAUGCUUGUGAAAAGGGAAUCGAUCAUUCCACGGUGUACGGCACGUUAAAGAUGCAGAAAAAGAUCAACAGAGCGAGAGCGAUGUACACACUUGAAUGUGAAAAUAAGGAGAAGACCUGGCAUCUUUGCAAAAGAAUAUUUGCUAGAAACAGAAACACUUGGAAAACGAAAAAAGUUUGGAGUAAUCAGAUGCCGGCUUGCGAAAAGCCAGAGGAACCAGAAGAACCCGAAACACCCGAAGAACCAGAAACACCUGAAGAACCUGAAACUCCCGAAGAACCAACAGAACCAGAAGUUCCAGAUGACGAAUCGGACAAGACUCCAAGCGGCGAAUUCGUUGCUCUGACAAACGAAAUCACCGCGAAUCUGAACACUUGCACUCAAGAAGAAAACUUCGAUCUCACCGAAAAAUCCCUCUUCGGCGCAUCUUCAGAUUCCGACGACGAAGAGAACAGAAUCGUCGGUGGAGUAGCCGCUGCUGACAAUGCAUGGCCUUGGAUCGUUCGACUUGAAUUGAGAGCAUACAGCAACGCUGUUUACAGUUGCGGUGGAAGUAUCAUUGCGAAUCGAUGGGUUGCCACUGCCGCUCAUUGCUGCAGAGGAAUGAGGAGCAUAACGGGAGUAUUUGGUGAUCUCAGAAGAUAUGGAUUUGACAGCCAAGAGUACAGACUCACCACUGACAAGUUCUACAAUCACUGGGAAUACGGACAGAGAGGCGAUGGAAACUCUGGAAACAACGACGUCUGCAUCAUCAAAUUCAACGAAGACAUUCUCGAAGCAGAUCCUGAGAAGAAGACGCGAAUCGCUUGUAUUCCAAAGAAAAAGGAAGUUCACGGCGCAGGCUGUUGGGUCGCUGGCUGGGGCACAUUGAAAUCCGGUGGUUCGCUUUCUCCUGAGUUGAUGUCUGUUGGCGUCAAUAUUAUGGGACAUGAUUAUUGCAUGAACAACUCAAAUUUCGCCAAUCUCAAUUACAAACUCGCCGAAGAUGAUAUUUGCGCCGCCAAACCCGAUCUCGACGGAGAUGGAAAAACCGACGCGGGUGCUGAUGCUUGCCAGGGUGAUUCCGGAGGACCUCUCAUUUGCCCAGUCGAUGGAAAAGCUACGCUGAUGGGUGUUGUUUCAAGAGGAUACGGCUGCGCGUGGGAAGGCUACCCAGGUCUCUACACUUCUUUGUCUACUACGUACGAUUGGGUUAAAAAGAAAAUCCUUGCUAGAGGACUCUAA